AUGUAUAGAAUUCAUCCCAUCCUUCAUACACCGUUGAAGCUUCUUCUCCUAGAGACUUUUGUGAUCUGCUCAUGCUACGCCUUGCAAGGUCAUCUCAACCAAAGUGAUAGCAUAGCCAGUGGCAUAUUACCUUUGAAGAAUUUCGGAGAGCUGCUAGUCAAAACAUACGGCUACGAAAGACAGCUAGACGUCUUCAAGCUAGAAGAUGGAAGCCGCGUAUACGUUGUAGAUAAAGUGCUGUUACCACCACAAAACUCCUCAUUGGAAAAUAUAAAAAUAAUGAGACUCGCCAAAGUCAAGAAUGGAGUUUCUUCGUACGUUGCAUUGGACUUACCACAACAACUAACGGAAAAGUCUAUUGAUACUUCGCAAUGGAAAUUGAACAGAAUGACGCAUCAAAUCUAUGGAUAUCACUAUAUGAUGAUUGAGGCGCUGUUUCUUAGUGAUCUCAUCGAGUUUUCUGAUAAGUGUAAGGCUAACAUCCUUUCUAUUGGUCUUGGAGGUGGUACUGUCAACGGUUUCUUGCACGAUCUCUUUCCCCACAUGAAUAUAACUGUGGUGGAAAUUAGCCAAGAAAUGGUGAAAAUGGCCAGGAAAUGGUUUGGUCUUGUUGAAAAUAAUUAUCAACGUGUUGUGGUGGCGGAUGGUGUUAAAUUUAUAGCUGAAGCAGCAACAGAAGGGGCAUUGUACGAUGCAGUCUUACUUGACGCAUGCUCGUCGGAACAAAUGGAAGGGAUUGUCUGUCCCCUCGACACUUUUCUUAAUGGAAGCGUUCUGAGAGAUAUUGUUGCCUUGCUUCCUAAGCAAGGAUUACUUAUAGUCAAUGCACAUGCGGAGCGCAUGGAGAUUGACAAAGCUUAUGCAUUUCUGAUCAACAAAUUCAAAGAUUUUUUUGAGUACUGCGACCGGCUGCAUAAUAGCAUCUUGACAGAAAAUAACGUAAUCUACUGUUCACAACAGACUCCAGCACGAAAAAAUCCUAUAGACAUACCACAACUCUUUAGACGACUUCUUGCAAAAAACAUUUCCAGAUGGCGGAAAAUCGUACCCUAGUUUUAUUACGUUGGUGCAAAAGUAAUGAGUGAAUUUUCAGCAGCCACAGUGUCGGUAUGAAAAC